AUGUCUGAAAACGUCGUUGUUGAUCUCCCCGGAGAAAUGAUUUCUACAACAGAAAAGAUAGGACUUCAAAAGUAUGUGAAUGAUGUGGAAGUAUUACUACAGAGUGCACAAGGUGCAGCUCCAGCGGUUGUCAAGGGUGUAUUUUCCACUGGUAGGCCAUGGACUCAAUUUGUAGCUACUAAAAAUUUUAAAGCUCCUACAGUCUUACCUGGAUUAACACUUAGAUUCUACAGGAAUAUUCAAUAUUUUAAAUCUAACUACAUCAUGGUCUUCCUUGGUCUUUUUGCUUAUUGUGUAUUCAUGUCACCGUUUCUGCUUAUUACGAUGAUUGCAAGUUUCUAUGGAUAUAAAAAGCUCACAUCAGGGCCCAAAACUUGGAAAAUCGGAAACUGGGAACUUACUAAGUCACAGCAGCAUGUAAUUGUAGCUGGAUGUACUACUAUUGUUUUGUGGUUCGCAGGCAUUGGCGCCGCGUUCUUCUGGGUUUUGGGUGCAACAGUAAUAGUGGUUGGUCUUCAUGCAAGCUUCUUUAAUCCAGAAGCUUUAAUGAUUUCAAACGACCCAGAACAAGUCCCCAUGAUUGAACAAGUCUGA